AUGACGGCUGACCGAGUGAGUGAACGAUCGGUGGCCCCGCGCCCCGCACCUCCGCCCGCUCUCGCCUUUGCCGCCUUCCCUCCGAAAGCAGCGAUUAACAACAUGACAGUAAUUUUAACAAUUACCAUUUCAGAGGAGCCCGUAGUACUAAGUAUCGGCGAGAUGAUCGACCAAGCAAUAGGCACACCAGAGAUAGGUGUGGUGGACUUCAACAUGCUGCAGACGGUGCUACACUGCCUGGCGCAGCAAAUGAGGGUUCAGAACAAGAAUGUGGAGCUUCGCGGUAGCAUCUCCCACUUGCCUGUUGGGCGUGACCACGGGCAGACCAUCGACCUGCACGAGUACGUCGUCGACACUAGUGGAGCGGAGGGAAAGACGUUUAAAGAAGUUAAAACACCUGAUAAAGAGGAAGACCCGUACGGCCCUACGGUGACUUUGGAGGCUAUGGUGGAGGAAGCGACUUCGCACUACGGUCUCAGAGACCGCCACACGCCUCAACCCACCGGCCCCAGCGCCCCGCCCUCGCAAGGGGGUCAGCCCGGCGGAGCCCGCGAGACCGCUCAGAAGAAGUCACAGCAUGGGAGAGGGCAAUUACCGAGCGGAGAGAGACUGUCCCUAGUUACGCUCAGCAAAUUUAAUGUACUACAAAAUACCGUAGAAGACUUGAAGAGCCGCGUCUACGGAAUGUCGCCGAAGAAUAUGGACCUUUUGGAAGACGUCAGAUCGCAAACGAACCUAAAAGCAAUCACGGACAUGUGGAACACCUUGAACGUGCAGUCUCGUCUGGAUGCCGCUGAGAAUGGCAUCGGCAAGCUGAGCUCGCUGGUUGAAGACGUCAUCACUGAAUUCCCUAAUCUACAGAAGCGCCUCCAAGAACAACGCGCUGCUGCUGGCCCAACCGCAGCACCUCCAGCCGCGACAGGGGCUCCAGGACCGCCAGGGUCCUCCGGUCAUCAGGGACCGCCCGGGCCGCCGGGACCCCCCGGACCUCCAGGGCCCCCUGGUCCUCCAGGUCCCCCAGGAGGUGGCUUGCCAGGUGUAACCGGUGCUGCUGGUACAGCUCUUCCUCCAGGUGUAUCCGGGCCAGUAGCGGUCCCAGGGCUUCCAGGCGCUCAAGGAUACGAAGUUGCCCCGGGAGUGUUCGCGAUUCCUGGACCUCCUGGUCCUCCAGGCCCACCAGGUCCACCAGGGCCCGGUUUCGCAGGCUCACCAGGUGGACCCGGCCCUGCUGGACCACCGGGGGCAACAGGACCGACUGCUGCACCCGCGCCCGGGGCCAAAUCACUCGGACCACCAGCGUCUAUGACACAGUUUGAAGCGUUCACCAGUACUGAUCCAACAGCCGGCUUCAAAGACAUGUCCACUGGCGACAUUGAAGCUAUUGCGAAAAACGUAAAGGAUCUACGGACGGAUCUGGAUAACUUGUAUGUUAUAUUCUACCGCACGUUGGACGACAUUGGAGUUGAGCCGGCAUGUACUGGUAAUGCUCCUACACCUGCAUUAGCAAAUGCGAUAGUUUCUGCCACAAAGAAGUUCGAAGCAGACUUGACCGAUGCUGCUACUGGUACGGACAGCGCAAAGCAGGGGCCAGGCAAACCCAAAAAAGGAAAGUUCAAACAACAUAGUACGCCUAUAUACGACACAUCAGCAGUUGAUGGCAGGUUGUAUGCAGUGGAACAAAGGUUGAGAGAUUGUUGUAACAACGCAUCAAAUACUGACAGCAGCGGCCAGGCGGGCAGGAUAAGUCGCCUGGAGGACCAAAUGGACUACGCACUCAAACAGCUGGGUGUACAAACUAGUGAUAUAGUUGCCAGCAAGGUAUCACCUGAAGUAGUCAAAGACUUACAAGGCCUUAUGGAGUUAUUCCACAAAGUGCAAGGCAUGCAACAGCAACUAACACAAGUUCACGAGACAGCUAUGCAGCUGGCCGCUGAGAAAGAACAACGACAGCAGCAUAUCAACACACUACUAGAGCAAGUCGAAUUGCUAAAAGUAGUCAAAUUAGAUCGCGAAGACAUGGCAGAAGCAAUGGCUGAGAAAGCAGACGUACGAAUGCUGGCUCGGAAAGUGUCCCAUGAUCAAUUUGCGAUGGCGUGUGACGACUUAGCUAAAGGAUUGGAGAAUGCUAUUGGAAAGCUGAACAUGCAGGAAGCAUUGUGGCAACAAGUGCUAGACGACAUACAGCGCGAAAUCGAAACCAAACUGGACAAGAUGGAGCUGUCGCCGGUGAAAGAGUUCUUCAACAACAAGUUGAAACAACUGCAGGAUAAUCUCAAACAGCUGGCCACGUUGCGCCGCGAGGUGGAAGCUGCUGGAUCUAAGAGGAGACUCAUGAGAGAUGUCAACUGUAUAUCCUGCGAUGCCAAAGUGGUGAUGGCAAUGGAAGCCAUGCCUUCUAUGCCUAUGAGUAAACCCAUGCCUGCACAACUCUCUAUGAAACCUUAUUUGACCUACGAACUCGAUACGAUACGCAAAACACAAGCAAACAGUUUGCAACAACGCAAUAUGCAUGACUGGGAGAAUAUAGCUGUAACAACUCAUCAACAAAAACCGCUGCAUAAAGUAAGGUCGGACACAGACAAGCACUUAUGCAACCGCUACUGCGGAGGUUCGCACACGGUGACAACACCUGCGCAGCGCGUGGCUCGUGUCGGCCAUUUCGUGAAGCAAUGGGGCCCAGACGUCGUGCCCUUGACGUCAGGCCUGGCUGCGGGAGACGAUGGCAAGAUGUACAAAGUGGAAGAAGCAGAUAAAGGUGAACAUGGUUCGGACGAUUCAAGUUCAACAUCGUCAGGGCCGCGUAGGCAACCGUCCGACAGCGGCGGCGGCAGACCGAUGAAGCCUAUGAUCAUCAAAGCUGAAUGUCGGUGCAUGGACAAAGAUGGGAAAAAAGAUCAUUGACAGAAAUCAAUGCUCAUCAUUUUAUACAAUAAUAUAAUCAUGUUUUUUUAAAUAAUGCUUUUCUCCGAGUACCUAUUUAAUGAAACCAAUUGUUGUAAUAGCAAAAAAUUAUGUAU